AUGGCGCCCGAUGCCGCCGCCGCCGCCGCUGGUGGAAAGAAAAGAAAACGCUAUCUUCCUCACAACAAAGCAGUGAAGAAGGGUUCGUAUCCAUUGCAUCCUGGUGUGCAAGGGUUUUUCAUCACUUGUGAUGGAGGAAGAGAACAUCAAGCCUCACGCGAAGCUCUCAAUAUUCUCGAUUCAUUUUAUGAAGAUCUAGUUGACGAUGGGGAACAUCCAACUGUGAAAGGGCUGUCCAAUAGACCUGUAAAUACAAAAAUUACGUUUGCAGAUUCCGACUCUUCUAGUAGUGAUAGUGAAGAGGAAGAGGAUGAGAAGGAGGUGCAGGUGCAGGAGGGUGAGGAAAAGGAGGACAAAAAGCCUAAACUGGAUGUGUGCAAUGCCGACAAUACUGACCAUGAGAAUGGAACGGGUGAAAAAUCAGAUCCUCAUAAAAUUGAUGAUCUUCAUGCUCAGGCUGAGGCUAAAGCUGAUGGCGAUAAAGAAGAUGUUGACAGUCCUAAGACCAUAGAAAAGACAGCCGAUGAGCUACCAGCUGUGAAACAGUGCUGCAAAACAAAUGUGCCAAAAAGUGAUUUGGGGGAAAAGAAAAUGGAAGAGAAAUCCAUUGACAAGUUAAUUGAAGAUGAACUCGUAGAACUGAGAGACAAGAAUAAGAAGCGCUUUGCCAAGCUUGAAUCAGGUUGUAAUGGUGUGGUAUUUAUUCAAAUGAGGAAGAAAGAUGGAGACAAAAGCCCCAAGGAUAUCGUUACUCGGAUAGUGACAUCAGCAGCAUUGACUAAGAAACAUAUGUCGAGGUUUAUCUUGAGAAUUUUGCCAAUUGAAGUCUCAUGUUAUGCUUCAAAGGAGGAAAUUUCAAAAGCAAUCCAGCCUCUUGUGGAACAGAACUUUCCUGCAGAAACUGAAAAUCCACACAAGUUUGCUGUGCUGUAUGAAGCCCGGGCAAAUACUGGUGUUGACAGGAUGGAAAUAAUCAAUGCUGUGGCAAAGUCUAUUCCUGCACCUCAUAAAGUUGAUCUCACUAAUCCUGAUAAAACCAUAAUAGUGGAAAUUGCCAGGACUGUAUGCCUGAUUGGGGUCAUAGAGAAGUACAAGGAACUCUCCAAGUACAAUAUUAGGCAAUUAACAUCACGAUAA